CAGAAGCCCUCUUUCUGAUGUGACCACUCUGGUAGUGGGUUGUGAGAUAUUGCUUUAUGCUGAUGGAUUUUAAACUUGGAUAUCAUAAUGCACUUAACCCUGCUUCCCCAUAGUGAUCAAGGAGUUCAUUAUUUACCUGGUUCCUCUGUUUCUGCUCUGCUCAGCUGGUAAAGACUGCUCUGCCUUUACUUAUGUUCAGUGAAUCCUCCUUAUAUCAUGGAGUGGUCUAAAAUGACAUUCUUUCCAGUUAUACCAAACACAAGUCAUUCUUUGGGAACCUGAGAUCUCUUUACUGCUCAGAAAUUGGGAGUGCGCUUAAAAGUACUCUCCCACAUUGCAAUACAUUGCUCCUUCCUUUUCAAUUUGGUGCAGGCAGAGCAUAUUUAUAAAGCUGUUUGACUGUGCAAAACUCUGAGGCACAGUUUUCCUUCAGCCGUCCAGCUGCAUCAAGAAUGAUUAAGUUUUGUCAGAACAAAGAAAUCUCUUCAACUGUCCUGGGAGAAGAUUUUCGAGGGGAGGAACUAUUGGAGGACAAAAACACAAAGUUGUUGUGAAUGGCCAUUGUUUUUUUCUGGCUGCAUUUAUGGACUGAAAAGAGAAAAGGCACAAAGAAGCAGAAAAAGUAGCUGGAGGCUUUAUAAAUCAUAUUCCCGACAAAGAAAAUACAUUGCUGUUAUUAUGUAGUUUUCGUUGAAUCCUUUGCUGAAGUUUUAGCCUAAAUUGAUAGCUUUUUUAAGGCUUGAAAAUGCAGGGACAACACCAGAGAAAUAGAAGUGUGUAUCAACAGACAACGACACUUUUGUGGAAAAAUAUAAUUCUGAAAUGGAGGAUGAGGAUGCAAAGCUUUCAGGAGUGGUUCUCGGUGUUGGUUCUCCUCCUCGCAUUUUUCACAACAACAGAGUGGUCAUACUUUGAGGCAGAUCAUGAAAUACCUCAGGCAUUCCUUGGUCAACUAGAUGAUCCUUCAUUCAAUUAUACAGAACUUAGAAUCCUGUAUACUCCAAGAACAAAGACGACAAUGGAAAUCAUGGAAAAAGAAACCACCUCUGUCAUGAAAGGUAUAAGAGUAGAAGCAGUAGAAGAUGAAAAUGCAAUGGAUGCUGUGCGAAAGACUGGAUAUGAUGAUGAAUUUGCUGGAGUUGUUUUUCAGGACGACACUUCUUAUCGACUCAGAUUUUCUUUUUCUAGAGUGGUUUCUCCAAGCACUCAUAUUGAAGAAAUAGAUCACUGUUACAACUAUACAUCAGACCAUUGUAAAAAUCCAAAAUACUGGUUUGAAGGAUUUCUAUCACUGCAGUCCAGCAUUGAUAGUGCUCUUAUUGAACUGAUCACCAAUCAUUCUGUUUGGGACGAAAUGAAAUCUAUUGGUGGCAUCCGUAUGAGAUCGCCUUCUCUUACUCCUUCAGAGAACGUAGCAAACUUGACCUUUCUGUCUACAGUCAUGUGCUUCUCUCCAUUUUUGUACUUCUUGUCACAAAAUGUUUCAGGAGAAAAACGGAAAUUGAAGGAGAUGAUGAAGACAAUGGGGCUACGAGACACAGCAUUCUGGCUAUCCUGGGGUCUGCUGUAUGCUGUGUACGUUACGAUUUUGUCCUGUCCGUUGGCAUUGAUCAUGAUGACUUUCUAUUUGACUGCAAUCACCUUUCCUGCAGCAUUCCUUCUGCUCUUCCUUUAUGGCAUAUCAUGUAUAUGCUUCUGCUUCAUGAUCAGUUCUCUCCUAAAGAAGCCUAAGACCACUUCAUUCGUUGUCUUUCUCUUCAUGUUUACAUUUGGAGCAUUCAGCAUUGUUCUGUUGAUCAAUUUAGUUCCUGCAGCUUUGAAAUGGACUUUGAGUGUCUUCUGCCCCUUCGCCAUUGGGAUUGAACUGUCAAAGAUUCUCCAUGUUCAAAAAUAUGGAGGAAGCUUCACCUUGUCUAGCCUAAUGCAUGAACCAUGCACGUACAUCCUGGUUUUUGACAGUGCUUUAUAUAUGUUGCUGGCUCUCUAUUUUGACAAGGUCAUACCUGACAAAUAUGGCGUCCCCUAUCCUCCCUUCUUUUUCCUGAAGAAGUCCUACUGGUUUAAAUCAAGAGGAAGCUGUACCAGCACUGCUCUUACAAAUGAACCAAGCCAUGGCAAUAUCUUCAGUGACAAUGCUGAGCUUGUGCCUCCUGAAUUUGAUGGAAAGGAAGCCAUUAGACUAAAUAACAUCAAAAAAACUUACAAAGCGAAGAGCAUGGAAACAGAAGCUUUGAGAGGCUUGUCCUUGGAUAUUUAUGAAGGUCAAAUCACUGCGAUUCUUGGUUGUAGUGGAGCCGGGAAAACGACACUGCUAAACAUCCUAAGUGGACUUCUGAAGCCAUCUGAUGGCUCGGCGACCAUCUUCAAGUACAAUAUAUCAGCAAGGGAAGAUAUGGAACAAAUUAGGGAGAUAAGUGCUGUGUGCCCACAAUUCAACGUGCAAUUUGAAUUCCUAACUCUGAAAGAAAAUUUAAAGACUUUUGCUAAAAUAAAGGGGAUUCCAAACAAUGAUAUUGAGAAUGAAGUGCAAAAGCUAGUGACCCUCUUGGAUCUCGAAGCCAUUCAAGACACGCGAGCUAAUCGUUUAAGUGGUGGGCAAAAGCGGAAAUUAUCUCUUGGGAUUGCUUUCUUGGGAGAGCCACAGGUCUUGCUAUUAGAUGAACCAACUGCAGGGCUGGAUCCUUAUUCUAGACACCAAGUGUGGGCCCUCCUGAAUGAGCGCAAAGCAGGUCGAGUGACUCUGCUCACUACUCAGUUAAUGGACGAAGCUGAUAUUCUUGCUGACCGGAAAGCAUUUAUCUCUCAUGGCAGGCUGUCUUGUGUUGGUUCAUCUUUAUUCUUGAAGAAAAAAUGGGGUGUUGGCUAUCAUUUAAGGAUGCAUGUAAAUGAGUUGUAUGACCCCGAGAGAACAACAUCCCUGGUCAAGCAAUACGUCCCUGCUGCCAAAUUAUCAGGACAACAUGAAAAUGAGCUCAGUUAUACACUGCCCUUGGAAAACGUGGAUAAAUUUCCAGAUCUGUUCUCUGACAUGGACCGCCAGAAAGAACUAGGAAUUGUUAAUUAUGGGGUUACCAUGACAACUCUGGAAGAUGUCUUCUUGAAGCUGGAGGGAAAUGAAAUGAUUGAUGAAAAAGAGGGGGCAAAGGGUGCUGAUGAAAUGGAACAGGAUCUGCUAGUGCUCUCAGACACGGGAAAGGCAACCAUAAGCGGAUCAAAACUCUGGAGGCAACAAGUUUGCGCCAUCGCAAGAAUGCAAUUUUUAAAUCUCAAGCGCGAGAGCAAACUCUGGGGAACGCUGCUGCUCCUUUUUGGUAUUUUGCUCGCACCUUUAGUCAUCCAGGUGAUGUUAUUUGCUAUUUGGGGGAACCUGCAUUGUGCAGAGCUACACCCUGGGCUUUAUUUUGAACCAGGAAAGGAGUCUUUCCAGGGGUCUGCUGGACUUCUGAUCCUUAAUGAUACAGGUGCAAGCAUUGACAAUUUCAUCCAAGCAGUGAAGAAUCAGAAUGUCCUGGUAGAAGUUGUCUCUGGCAAAAAUGUCAGUGACCAGCUAGUGCACAAUGGGGCUAUAAAGGUAGCCCUUGAAGACAAGAAAUACAGAUUCACACUUCUAUGCCACAUGGAAGUCACCAAUUGCUUUCCGGUGCUUGUCAACAUCAUCAGCAAUGCACGCCUGCGAAUGUUAAACUCUGCUGCCCGUAUUCGAAUCUGGAGUCACGUGUUUCUAUUUCAAUUUAGUAGCAAAGAGCUAUGGAUGUUUUUCUGCAGCAUGUACAGGUUUGGGAUAAUUGUAUACCCUACCUUUCCAGCACAUUUUGCGAUGAUGAGCAUUCGUUACUACAAGAUAAAAACCCGUUCUCACUUGCGGGUCUCAGGACUCUUUCCAUCUGCCUUUUGGUGUGGAUUAGCUCUGGUGGACGUCCCUUUGCAUUUUAUUAUCCUUCUCCUGUUGCUUUGGCCGUGGCUCAGACUAUUAGACAUUGUGGGAACUCAUGGCCAUACCACCACAAUUUUUUGUUUGGUGUCAUUUCUGUUUGGCUACAGCAUGUCGAUGGUCUUAUUCCUGUAUGUAAUUGCCUUCAUAUUUCGCAACAAAUGGCAUACUAGCAGUUUUUGGUCAUUCAUCUUAAUCUUGGUGAACAUGCUUGCUUUGAUUAUUGGAGUCAUUGAUCCUUCACAAUAUGCGCAUUAUCUACUAAUAUUAAUUCUUCCCCUGUAUCCAGCGACGGAAUUUAUAAUAGCUUUCUCAUCGAUAUUGACUGAUUUUGACAGAUAUUAUGAUGAAAAUACUCCAAAAUUGAAUGUGAUCUUGGUGGCUUCCAUUAUGCCUUACUUCCACAUUGUGGUUCUCAUUCUUUUACUUCGCUGUCUGGUGGCAAAAUAUGGCAGGCCACUUAUGAGAAGAGAUCCUGUGUUUAGGAUUUCUCCACAGAGAAAGAGCGGCCAUCAGAACCCGGAAGAGGCCAGUCAGGGCGAUGAUAGAGAUGUUCAAGAGGAAAGGGCAAGAGUUCAGAGUGCACUGGCCUCUGCAAAUCAGGAAGAGAGACCAGUCAUCCUAGUUAGCAACUUGCGCAAAGAAUACAGAAGUGAGAAGGCUUGUUCCUGUUGCAAGAAAAGCAAGACGCUGGGAAAAGUGGCCACCAAAAGUGUCUCCUUCUGUGUUAAAAAAGGAGAAAUUUUGGGGCUUCUUGGACCCAAUGGAGCUGGUAAAAGUACAACCAUGAAUAUGAUAACAGGAGACACAGAUCCAACAGCUGGACAGGUCCUGAUGAAAGGAGCUGAUGCAGCUGCAACGGAAGAAAAUGCUGUCGGUUUUCUUGGCUACUGUCCCCAGGAGGAUGCCCUCUGGCCCAGUCUGACUAUAAAAGAACAUCUGGAGAUUAAUGCAGCCGUGAAAGGGAUGCAGAAAGACUCAGCUGGUAUAGCCAUCAGUCGAAUAGUUCAAGCUCUAGAACUCCAGGGCCAUUUGAAGACGGCAACUAAGGCAUUACCUGCUGGACUGAAAAGGAAAUUAUGCUUUGCCCUGAGCAUGCUGAGCAAUCCUGCAGUGAUGCUAUUAGACGAACCAACAGCGGGAAUGGAUCCCAAAGGAAAGCGCCAGGUGUGGAAAGCAAUCCUCACUGCGCUGAAGGACAAAGACCAAGGAGCCAUUUUGACAACUCAUCACAUGGAAGAAGCUGAGGCAGUGUGUGACAGAGUAGCCAUCAUGGUGACUGGACAGCUCAGGUGUCUUGGUUCUAUUCAGUAUCUGAAAAGCAAAUUUGGCAAAAAUUAUUUGCUCCAAAUAAAAGUUAAGGGCGUGGACCACGGGGAGCUUCUGAAUACUCAUAUUCUACAGAUCUUCCCACAUGCAGCUCGUCAAGAAAGGAUAUCCACUUUGUUGGCCUACAAGAUCCCAAUGGAAGAUGCGCUGCCUUUGUCCAAGGCCUUCUCCAUGUUAGAGGAAGCUAAACGAACCUUCAGCUUUGAGGAGUACAGCUUUUCUUUGAACACCUUGGAGCAGGUUUUCCUAGAACUUGUCAAAGAGCAGGAACGUGAUUGUUUCGAUCCAUCUCUGAGCACAGCCUUUGAAUGGCAACAACUGCAGCAGGCUGAUGUUUAAGUUGUUCGCAACCUAGACAUGAAACUGAUGCUUACAGAAGUAAGUGCUGGUCCCUUGAAACAAGGAUUUAAGAAGGAUCUAGCAGCCCGCCUCCGAAUAAUGUUGUGUCUCCUUUGGCAUGUGAGACUGGAGUCCAGCCUCUUGACGGGAGGACUUUACAUAUAGCUUUACAUACAAGUCUGUGUGAUCAAAACCCAUAUUGGUCAUAUGUAGAGAAUGAGAUGUGCCAUUUCUGGACAUGUUCAUCCCCUGGAAUUUUUUUUAUUUGUUUUCCAGAAAUGAAUGUUUUGAAUUUUGGGGUGUGUGUGUGAAUUGAAAUAUAUGCAGUACAUAUUUCUUAUAUCAUCUCAGCUUAAUUUACUACUUUAAAAAUAUAAAAUGCAUUAUGUACAGCUAACACAUAAAAUUGUACUGUUUGGCAUAUUUGUCAGGUUGGAAAAGGGUAAAUGCCUUUGUGAUUCAGCUACCCCCAGCAAGUCUUUGCCCACAAGCCACUCCACCCAGGCCUUCCUUCUUAUUCUGCUGUCUUCUUCUUGGCUGACUCAAUGACUAACCUAUCUCCAACUAACCUUCUGCUGACCAGCACCUGGCUAAAUAUGCACCAUCAGCUCCAGCCAAUGGUGUCAAACUGAAAAUUCGGAGAUUAUAUCGCAGCUGUUAGUUAAGGCCCCAAGCGGCAGGGUAAACUAACUUUCACAGGACCAGACAGAAAACUUCCCAUGUCAAAUGCGUUGCAAUGUAGUACAAAUGUCAGAACAUCUUACUCAACAUCCAUUAAAACUUAAUUCAAAUAAACAUUGCUUCUUCACACUUCAUAGUAACAUUGAACACUUUUGUAGUGUAUCGUCAUCUCAUACAGUAUGUGAAAUAGUAACUGUGGACAAAAUUAGCUGCAUCAACCCAUAGAACUUCCUUUAAAUAAUAUGCCUUUUAAAUCCAACCAUCUCAUGCUUCUUCCUUUCACCAGAAGCACUUUCUAAAAGAUCAUUUGCUUCUGAUUCUAACCUUUCCUUUUUCCUCCAUAUGCUUCAGAGAACUGAAGGUUUGCAUGAAUGAAUGAAGCUCCUUUACUAUUUAACAUUUCCAGUCACAGACAAGUUGCUUUGGAUCAAAGCUAUAUGGCAGGAAAAUCAACGGGUUGCACAUUCCCCACAAGAUUCAUGAAUUGUAACUAUACAGUACUUUGCUUUACAUAGAUAUUAGAAGCCAUAAGGAAAGGAGGGAGUAAAAGACAGCUAAGGCUGAAGAAUGCUUUACUAAUCUGUAAUGCCAAAGCAUAAAGAGGUCUAGUUUUAGAUUAUUAUAUUUUUAUUUUAUCUUGGGGGGGGGAAUUGCAGUUGCAGAACAUAUAUUUGUGAAAACUACAUCAGUUAAUCAAUACUUGUAACGGAGCGUAAUUUCUGUUUCUGAUGCUUCUGAUGUUCAUGGGUUUAUAUUGUUAGAGAUUGAAGUAAAAGUAUGUAUGUAAACUAAA